GGAUCAGUUUCUAAAAUGGACUCUCUGCAGCAAGUCUCCCAGCAGCUGGCGGAACUGAAAAGUUUUUACACCCGCGAAUGGCCAAAAUAUUGCAAGGAGUAUUACUGCCUGGACAGUUUUCAGGAGCUCCAUAAGAGGGACGCUAAACUAAAGGAUGUGCAAGUCUACGCUCUUCCCAAUCUGGAACUUGGCCUAUUUGUGAUUGUGGAUCGUUAUCAAAUUUCGGUGGGCUCCUUGGAGGCUGACAGCUACGAAAGGGUUUUGAAAGAAUCCCUGCUCAAAUUGCAGUUUUUUGGCGGCGAACAAUUCGCCUCUAUGCCAAAAAGAUAUUUAAAAGUCGCACUCGAUGUUAUCCAAGCGAAAAAUAUAAAAGUAGAUCUCAAUAGUGUGACAUAUUCCCUGGUUUUAAGCAAAGAUGAGGCCCUAUACUUUCAUGUGGAACCACCAAUUGGCUUUACCUUAAAAUCCUUAAAAGUAGACGAUGCUCAAGUGAUAGAUGAUCAUUGGGAAUGGAGUGAACCGGGUUCACUUUCCUAUAUUCGGCGGCAAAUUUGGUGUACCACCAGUGUUGGCCUGUACAAAGACGAAGACAACGAACUGGUGGCCUGGUGUAUAAAGGCUCAGGAUGGCCUAUUGGCAGCUCUGCAAGUCAAACCCUCCUACAAGCGCAAAGGUUUUGGGGCUAUAAUCGUGAAAGAGUUCUCAAGACUGGAGGCUGAGCAAGGACGUGACAUUAUCACCGAAGUGGGGUCCGAAAAUGAGCCAUCGUUAAAUCUUUUCAAAAAACUGGGCUUUAAAUUCAACGAUCAGUGUCACUGGCUGUUCACAGAAGCUCCAAAUGGAGAUUGAUUGUAUUUGUUUUGAUGGAUGUAGAUUAUUAUAAGAUUAUUUAUUUUUCCCAGCUGUGAGAAAAAUUGCGUUGUCUAGUUUUAAGAGAAACCAAACAAGAGUCUCUACCGAUAUCAAGAGAAUUCUUUGAAGAGAAAUACACUAUACAAGCUGCUUGGCAAGCUGAGUAAUAUAAUCAC